UCUAAACGACGUCGUACACGGGAGCUGAGAGACUAAACCCUGUUCCGUCGAUUGGUUCCAACUCUGACCGAAGCUCAGAAACUGAAUAUUUUUACCGCCAGAAUCUCUAUUCAUGGCGGGCGUUUUCCGAUCAGCUCACCGGCGGAUUCGAUCAUCCUACAGUAAAAUCCUUACUCGUCGAUUAUGGCGGCGCCAUUGUUCGCCUUCACAAAGCACCAUAAUCUCAACAUCGCUCUUCAUCAGGUCAGUUGUUUCCGCUGCCAAUCCCAAAUCUCCCUUCGAUGCCAUCACUCUCAGAAUACUUCGUAACGAGAUCGAGUACCAGUCCGAUUACGCUCCUCCCCAUCUGCCUGCAAUGAGGUUCAAUUCAUUUUCUGUUGAAGACCGACCGGGAAUGCAGUGGAUUACAUUGAAAGGAAAAUUUGGUGGCACUGAAGAUAUUAAAAUUGAAGCGACGAUGUUUGAUGGCUGCAAAUCUGUUCCUAAACUUGGUGACGAUAGCGAUGGUGAAGAAGACCUCCGUCUUCACAGUAGCGUGCUUGUUGACAUCUCGAAGAGGGAUGGUUCGGACUAUUUGGAGUUCGUGUGCUCGGCAUGGCCUGAUUCGUUGGAGAUUCAGAAACUAUACGUUCUUAAACGAGAUAGAAUGCUUUCAAGACCCUAUAUGGGGCCUGAUUUUAGGAAAUUGAGUGGCGAAAUUCAGACGGAAUUUCGGGAGUUCUUAGCAGAAAGGAGGAUAGAUAAGGAGCUUGCUGUAUUUUUGCAUGAAUAUAUGAUGAACAAGGACAGAUGUGAACUUAUUCGAUGGUUGGCAACUGUCAAGACCUUUGUGGAAAGAUAAAUCAUACGCUUCUUUGGCACCAUCAAACAUGGUUGUUACCAUUUUAAGGUAUUCAAGGAUUAUGUUUUUCUUCCUUUUUAUAAUCAAUUGCUAUCCAUAGUUCAUCAAUCAUGAUUAGUUUUAACAUAUGUACAGUUGUUUUCUCUUUAUGGGGUCAUCAGUGAGAUUGUGUUAAUGGAAAAAAGAGGUGACAAAAAGGUAAAAGGAAAAUUAGACAGUCGAGUGAUUACAAACAGGUAGAACUUAGUGUCUAUGGUAAAUUUCAAAUGCUUUCUACCAGUUGGCCAAGAACACCCCGAAAAGGGAAAAGCAUGGUUACAACUUAAAAAAAAAAGUCUUGAAAAUUGGUCCUAGUAUAAUCAUUGCAAGAAAUUACUACACUAUUGUUUGUUUCCUCAGAUUACUACUGAUUAUAUGGUGCAAACUAUGUGGUUUUCUGCCUGUGAUGUUUGUUAUCAAUGUUGUUUGACUACUAUUGCUUUGCUGCAAUUAUUAUAUGUUUGAAACAAAAAUCAUAUUAAGGAUUUAGGGUCAAGAUUUUUUAGGCUCAUCUGAAAACCUGUAACGUUUAUGGUUUUUGAAAAUUAAGCUGUUGAACACUACUGUCAUUCAUGAGCUUUGUUGAUUUGUUAUCCACUUUUGACAAAUGAUUUCAAAGUUCGAACUAAAAAAUAGUUUUUUACGAACUUGUUCCUGUUUUUUCAGAAUUUGACUAAGAAUUCAAAUGUUUCUUUUAGAGACGUUUAGAAUUUUCAGAAUGUCAGUCACUUUGAAAACGAAAACUAAAACAGUUCACAUUUUGGGAAUGGCAACCGUUAAAGGGUGUGGCCAAGUUUCUCUAGCUAGUGCUACUCAUAAUAAUGUCGAGUUAGAAAGAAAACCCUUUUUGAAAAAAGGUGAGACUUGUAGAAAUCAGUUCUCAAAUAACAAUUAGAGACAAAAACUGAUGUCCUGUUUCCUUUUCUUUUGAUUCACACGGCUUUCCUCAUCCCAUGUCCUUCUAUGUAUGCGAAGGGGUGUUAUUUUCACUGCUUCAGCAUGCUUUUCAAAAGCUAAAUGUCUAUAAUAAUUAUGUGAAACUAAGUAAUAUCAUGAUUUUGAUUUUGAUUUUGAUCCUGUUCACAUCUGUAGCUUUUGGCUUCUGUUCUUCCUCGCAUGUGGCAUCAUAAUUGAAUAACCAUCCCAAUGUUUAUUUUCUUGCUUUUAUGAUUUCUCCCUCAUCUUCAACAUCAGUUCUCAAACUUGAAUGUAAAAUGCGCUUUAUUGUUCUUUCUUUCUUACAUUUAAAGCCUGAGUUUCUUCCUGCUUUCAAAUUGGCAGAGAUUUGAAAGGUGGCUUUGUUAGUUCUGUUGCUUUCACAUCUGGGCUUAUGAUUUAGGAUUGUCUAGUGCUGACUUUGAUGUCUGCAUGAAUGUUAACGUGUUUUUGAAGUCAUGACAUGGUCUGGAUCUGACUGUUCUUCCAAGAUUUACCGCCCAUAUGCUAGUGUUUCUGCUAUGGAAUUAUGCUCAUAAUCAAACCCUUUUCUUUCUUUUUUUUUAUUGAAAGUAACUUGCAUUGUUAAUUAUGCAGGAGGCAGCAACAGCAUAAUGAAUUUCAAUAUAUUUUAAACUAAUUCUAAUUUAUACGUAUUUGUAAAUCAUUACGUGUGAAACUUGUGCUCUUCGGUAAGGUAUCUUUUUCGGGAGUAUUUAACUUCAUUGUUAAUUUAUAGGAUAUGGGGCAUAAAGUUGAGUGAAGUUGUGCAACGAGGUAUUUUUAUAUCCUCUUUGUCAACUAGACAUGUUCGUAUUGAUGUCAAUAGAGAGUUUAUGAGAUUGUUGAAAUUGAGAUGAAUGCAUGGUAGAAUGCACAAACCAUUUAUGAAUUACGUGUAAAUUCUCGAGCCUUAUGAUAGAUACGAAGGUGGACUAUAAGUAUGCAUGAACUCAAUUUUACAUAUUUAAUAUUUGACCUAGCUUGUCAUUUAUACA